AUGCCGCUCUCAUCCUCCACCUCAGACACCGGCGCAACCGGUGCCGCCAAAUUCGUCACUUCAACACUCGGCAACACAGUCGGCGGCCUGUCGCGCACAGCCGGCAACGUCACGGGCGCCGCCACGCGCGGAAUCGGCGACACAAUCACCAGCGCGACGGGCAGCGCGGGGAGACCUGUGGGCGACGCAAUCGGGAACUUGGGCACGGGCCUUGAGAAUGGCGCGGAUAGUGUGGCCAAGGGCGUUGAGAACGCGGGGCAGUGGAAGUCUUCAUAA